UAUUAAUUAUUUUAAUGUUUGCUUUAAAUAAGCAUUUCAUUUUCGUUAUAUGCACAAUAACAAAUGGGUUCCAUGUUGACAGAUAAUACGUAAUAUUAAUAUCUCCUCUAUCCAACCAUACACAUCUUAACCCUGAAAUCAUGGGUUGGUAUACUAAAGUUUCCCCGUUUUUUCUUGUAUUUGUUAAUACAUACAUUUGAAUUGUUCCUGGUUUUAUAUUAUCCUUUUGAUCGUGAGGUAAAGCAAUAAAUAUAUAAUAAACUUUUGUUUCGCAAAUAUUCUUGAAAGUUUUCAUUAAUGUUAUCCAUUACAAUAUCUGUUCACAAAAAAGUUUUUAAAUUAAUGCUUUUAUUUACUUCUCUGUAUCAGAAAAGGCAGAUUUCGAUCAGGUGAUCUCAGCUGUGUAACACACACAGGAAAACAGCUGACUCUGGUUACUUGUAGUUUUAUACAUGGCCUAAAUUGAAAGUGUCAAAACAGAUGAUGUUUGUUCCACGAAACAUUUGCUUGUACAGAGUGGUCACAUUAAUUGAAGUCUUAAAUACUAUUUUUAAAAAUUUAACUAUAAGUUAAUUCUUAUACUUGAUUUUAUAUAAUUUAUAACUUUAAAGAACAAUUCCAUAGUUUUUAGGAUUACUUCACUUAAUAGGUCACAUUAUGACCUUCCACAUUCAUACCAUCACGUCCUUCUUGUUUAAUAAACAAACAUAGUUCAUAAUUACACAUCACUUGCAAAGAGCUAUCGAUAAAAGUUAAAUUUGUUAAAUUUGCAUUAGAGUACAUAAUUAUACGAAAUGAAACUACAAUUUAAUCUGCGGAACUAAGAUUUUUAGCAAUAUAUAGUUGAGAAAGGAUAUGAUUCCACCUCUUGUGAUUUAAAUAGUAAUAAGAGAUAAUGGAAUCCAUAAAUAUAUGGCACACUACUGUAAACUCAAAUCACAUUUGUCGAAUAUGUUUACAAGAAAAUGUUGAAUUGUUUUCUAUUUUUCAAGAGACACAUAAAAGUGGUGUAACUAUAGCUCAUAUAUUGUCCGAGUGUUCGCGAUUUCCUGUCAUAUCAACUGAUAAUAUAUUACCACAACAAAUGUGCUCCUUUUGUAUGGAAAACGCCCGGGAUGCUUAUGACUUUAAACAACGAGUCGAAAAGGCUUAUAUAUCAUUAAAGGGCUUAGAAAAUAGCUUUUUUCAAAGUGAAACCAAAAUAGAACCCGUUAACAUUGUUUUUAGUGAACGAAGGGAUUAUGGUACACAAACUGAUAAGCUGAGCUUACAUCCAUGUGAAAUGUGCGAAAUGAAAUUUUUUGAUUUGAUGGAACUGCGGCAUCAUCGAAAGCAAGUUCAUCACAACAGCAAUUUGCAAUGUCGUAUAUGUGGUGUACGCUUUGAACGCAUUAGGCAAUUGCGAAGCCAUUUAGUUCACAAGCACCCCAGUGUGGGUAUAGCAUUGGAUACACAAUGCACCAUAUGUCGCAAGCGUUUUUCUCGCAGAGAACAUUUAAAUCGUCAUAUGCGUAAUGUGCACCAUCAACCUGAAGAAGCGUCAAGUCCUAGGGUGUCUCUAAAAGAACCGGAAAUCGAGCUUUCAAGUCAUGUGGGCAAAAAUAAUGAACGAAACGUAUUCCAAUAUAUUGAAACAAAGAGUUCGACUCUAGAUACACAGAAGCCUAAAAUUUUCCUGAAGUCCGAGAAAAUGUUUAAUGCCAUCGACAACGAUAGCUUUGUCGGUCCAUCCCAUUUUUUUGAAUGUGGUCAAAAUGCAUCGGAUGAUGUGGAAAGCGAUAUUAAUAUGGAUACCAACCCCAUUUCAAGUGAUGACGAAGCGCAAGAUGGUGUGCAAUUUUCUGAAGAUAUAUUACCUCAAUUAAAAUUAGAACAUGAAGCUGGAAUCAAAGUGAAAUGUGAACUAGACGGAUCAGUGGAUGAUUUCGACAUUAUGCGCAUGGCUCCCGAUUGGGACCAAAGCAGAUCACCAGUAUCUAAUAAUGACAUUAAAAAAGAAGAAUUUUUAAAUGAUGGAGAUACACAGAGUUCGAGUGCCGUGAAACGAAAGUCAGAUAAAAAUGAAGAGCCGGAAAAUGACGUCGCCGAUAGGCGGCGUAUUACAGAAGUUGUUGAUGAAUUUCUUGCCCAAAAUUCUGCUGUGGACCAAACUGCAAAUUCUGAAAAUCGAUGCACAAAGUGCCAGCGAACUUUUUCGCGUCAUUGUCAUCUGCGUCGUCAUAUGUUGACCCACGUCGAGGAAAAAGCGCACGCAUGUAACUAUUGUCCAAAGCGUUUCGCGCGUAGUGAUCAUUUAAAAAAACAUAUUAUAAACUUGCAUCACACGAAAGAGUUUAAAUGUGAUCAAUGUAACAGCGCUUUUGCACGUUCUGUAGAUCUGGCGAAGCAUAUAGAAACCCGUCAUGGAAGCGAUCCGCAAGCCCAUAAGAUUCACAAUUGUGAAUAUUGUGGGAAGAAGUUUACAAGCCGAACAUACCUUCGAAAACAUGUACUGAUGCAUACCGACCGCGUAUUUGCUUGCAAAUUUUGCGAGGACACUUUUAAGGAGCGUAAAGCUUUGCGUGAACAUGAGAAGGGUCAUCAUAGUGAUCGUCGAAAUUUUCUUUGUUCAGUAUGCGGUGAAAGUUUUGUACGCAAUGAUUAUCUGCGUGUGCAUAUGCGACGUCAUAAUGGCGAAAAGCCAUAUAAAUGUCAAUACUGUGGAAAGGGGUUUCCCCGUGCCACUGAUGUUAAAAUACAUGAAAGAUAUCAUACGGGUACCAAACCAAACUUAUGCAAUCUAUGUGGCAAGGGUUUCCAUCGUGCUUAUAAUCUGACCAUUCAUAUGCGUACACAUACAGGAGAACGGCCUUUCAAAUGCGAGGAGUGUGGACGUGGAUUUGCUCAAAGCAAUGAUUUAAAAGCACAUAUACGACGACACACCGGUGAACGGUUCAAAUGCCGUGAAUGUGAUGCAGGGUUUCUACAGAUGUACGCACUUCGGCAACAUGCACUUGCAGCUCAUGGUAUAUACAUGGAGCCUGCAACGGGUCGUUUACAGAGAUUCAAUCCUAGUGAAGCACUGGCACCAGGUGCAGAGGCAAUAUCCCCCAACGAUUUGGUACAUCCAAGUGGUGGUCAUAUGGAAAUAAUGCAAGAAAAGCCUCAUCAGCAAAUAGCGCAAACAGAAAAAGGAAUUAGUUCUCUUAUACCACCAGCUCAAUCUUCAGAGUAAGAUCAAUAUUUUGGCCACACUCGAGCCAUGAUUUUUUAAAAGUUAAAUUAAAGAAAAUUACAAUCUUAAGAAGGAGGGUUCUACAUAAAACAGAUCCACCCGCAGAAUAGUCACCUCAGCACAUUUCGUGCUGUUAAAACAAAGGCAAACAAUAUAAGUAGUGCAUAGCUAAACUUAGCAAUUACUGUUUUAAAUAUAAUUUUCAGUGCAAUAGGGAUAGGUUCAACUUGGUCUUUAGAUUUGUAAUUAAUGGAUUAAAAAAUAUUUCAAAGUUAACUUAUAUAUUAUUCAAUAUAUUAAUUUAGCAUAUAAUGAUUCAACAAAUUUAAAACAAUCUGCAUUAUUUAUCGUCCAUACAUAUUUAUAGUGAUAGUUCAGAAUCUGUUAAUAAUUAACUAUUCAUAGUAAGGCCUCCGCUUGAAGUUGGAUACUUUCUGCACAUCAUUAAAAUUUACAAACAAUAUCGUUACUAUUGCAGUUUAAAAUAACCAAACUAAUGUACCGUAUUCUAGAACUUCAUUGUGUCAGACGUGUUUUUGUUGUAGCGGCAGAAUUUUGCCGAGUUAACAGUCCUUGGCUGGAUAAAAAUCCGGGUCCUUCCAGUUACGUAGAUCCGACCGUCGUGGGAACGGGUCAGUCGUGUUGGACUAUCUUCCUUUGAAGCUAAGACCAAAAUAAUAAAUUUUCACUGUCACUGAUAUUGAACUGUUUAUAUAAAGAACAAACUAAUUUGUACAAAUUUUACAAUUUUCUUCAUGCCAAAUUGGUUUAUCUUAUGUUAAAGAAACUUACAUAUAUACAAGUAUAUUCUUAUACAACUCCUUCAUUUAUUGCUUUUAAAAUACACAAAUUUACUCAUUUUCUGUAAAUAAAGCACUUUAAAACAUAAUUAUCAUUUUAAAAUAAAUACUUUGAACACUGUAUAACAAGUAAACAAAAAAGUAUAAUUUAUAUAAUUUUUGAGAUGGGAUUGAGGCCAGUAAAUGUAAAUUACCUUAGAUGAAACAUUAUUUGCAACCAGUUCCAAUAUAUUUAUUAGUAAGUUGAACGCCUUGGUUUAGUGAUCCCUAUUUAUUUUAGUUAUUGGCAUGCGGGGCAUAGAUUUAACCAGCACCAUUUCAGUUCAAUUAUAACUUCUACCUUCUUAGCUUAUUAUUAUACAAGGUGCGUUCCA